GGCCUCUCCAUUUACACUCAGCACUUUGAGGGUUACGUGACGCAUCAUUUUUCCCGGUUCUCGUACCACACUAUUCUGUAAACUGGGGAAGAAAGGCCCAGAAGUUGGAAGCCAUAUUCUAGGAUAUCAAACGAUUGAAGCAAGUAAUUAAUCAAACCUCAGCUCAGAUCAGCCAGCACAAAGCCACUGGGAGCCAUUACAUGUGCGCAGCUCCUCCCCUCUUUUGGCGAAGCUAAGAGAUCUGACCCUUCCCGCGACCUGUCGCGCGGCUGAGCAAGCGCUGAAGGCUAGGCGGGCAGUGAGUCGCCAUGGAACCCGAUGGGACCUAUGAGCCGGGCUUCGUGGGUAUUCGAUUCUGCCAGGAAUGUAACAACAUGCUUUACCCCAAGGAGGACAAGGAGAACCGCAUUCUGCUGUACGCGUGCCGGAAUUGUGAUUACCAGCAGGAAGCCGACAACAGCUGCAUCUACGUCAACAAAAUCACGCACGAAGUGGACGAACUGACCCAGAUCAUCGCUGACGUGUCCCAGGACCCCACGUUGCCGCGGACCGAAGACCACCCUUGCCAAAAGUGCGGCCACAAGGAGGCGGUGUUCUUCCAGUCACACAGUGCCCGGGCCGAGGGUUCCCAGUCUCAAGCAGCGUGGUGCAGGGUGCGGUGCUGCGCGUAGGCGUCAGGCCUCGAGCUGGUGAAGCCGCAGUCCUCACACACAUGUAACUUCUCACGGCGCUCACGAUAAGCGUAGCUGGCCAGCUGUCCGUGUGCCUUGGCAAGAUGCACUUCAAGUGAGCAGCGCUGCGUGAAUGCUUUCCCGCAAGCUCCACAGCGGAAUGGCCGGAUCCCUGCGCAGGUGGGCCAGAGGGAGAGAGGACAGACAGGGCAAUGGCCCCCAGACCAGCACCCUCCGACCUCGCCCUCCGUGAGCAUUCCCCCUUUCCUACUCCAGGUUCGCCAGACCUCGGCCUGCUUCCCACCAUCUGCUACCUCCACCCCGUGCAAACGUGGGAGCUGUGUGUCCCCACCCUCCUCACCAGGAUGUUCCUUCCCCUGGAGGAGAAGGAGGGAGGCUUUCCCUUGCACCCUUCAAUAUGCGACCUGAAUCCUGUAACCAGUACCUGUUUUCUCUUUGUAUCCCUCAGCAGGCCCCCACCUUGGCACCACCCCAACACCCACUGGCUGGGAGCUGAGGUGCAUGGUAUUCCCAGCCUCCUGAAGGCUGAGUCUCUGCCCCACUAACACAUGCCCCACUUGUGCACGGAACUCAAGUGCACAGAAACUCCACAUCCCAUGCACCUCCCUCCAUUUCGUUCCAUCCCCCCCCAGCAGCGCCUCCCAGUCAGUCCCUGCUGCCGCUUACCCAUGUGAGUCCUCACGUGCCGCUUGAGGUCAAAGGCGUCGUGAAAGCCCUUGCCACAGUAGUGGCACACGUGGUGGUGGGCAGGGCUGUGGCACUUGAGGUGCCGGGUCAGCAUCCGCUGCAACGGGAAGCCUUGGGGCAGAGGGGGCAGCCAGGCAUCCCAGGGCCCCUAGGAGUGGCAGUCAGUGUGCCCUGGGAGGGCUGUGGGAGGGACAUGGGAGUUAGGACCCCACCCCACCCCUCCACUGGACCAAAUGGAGCACCUAGAACUGGGAACCAAGGAGGUCUGGGAAGGCUGGAGACUGCAGUUUGUGCGUGCUUAUGCCACCCUCUCCCCAAGGUCUUCACUGACCACCCUGCCCCCCAUCGCCCUUUGUUUUCUAUUUCUCCAUAGUACAUACCAUCUUCCAACAUAAUAUUUUUUUCCCCAAUUUUAUUAUCUAUACCUGCAGCUCCCACCAGAUUAUAAGCUUCAGGAAGGAAUGAGUUUUUGUCUUACUCCUCAACACCCAUUGCCUAGGACAGGCCUGGCUCCCAAUAAAAACUGAAAUAAUCUCCAGCACAUUUACAUCCCGCCUAGGGCUUUCCUUCUUCCAGUGCACGCACAGCUGAGUAUCCCUUCUGAGAGACCCCAAAGCUCCUCCCCCAUCCCCCAUCCAGCUCCUGUCACCUUGUCUGAUUCUCUGACAUAAUGCAAACCACCACCCAUUAUUGGUUUGAAUCCUGUUCUUCUGCCCCACUGGGCAGAGAAUCCCUGGGGGCAGGGGCUGUGGCUGCCCACCCUGGGGAAAGGGUACUUGGGGUGAGGGCUAACAGUGAGCCCACUACUAAAAAAGAAAAGGCAUUUCCAGCAGAGAGGACAAUGGGUGGGAAGGUCCCGAGGCUGGAGUGGCACGAGGGGGUAAGGGGCAGGCAGGUUCUCUGGAGGCUGAGAGCGGGCAGGGGUGAAACUGAGCAGGGUCUUGUGGGCCAGCUGCAGACUCACCGCUGCCCAAGAGUCCCGGAGGCCAGAAGACUGGUGUGCCAGUGGCCCCCCCAGCCUGCUGCAGUCUGAGGAGAGAAGCCAGAUGAUGAUGCUUUGUGUCUCCCCUGCCCCUCACCUCUAGGCCCAGUGAGGGGCCCACCUGGGACAUAGGCAUGUCCCCGGAGCUGGUCAGGCAGGUGGCCCCAGUUGGGUGGCUGUGGACGCCAACUCCUGACCAGGAAGGCGCGGGGCAUCACCACCGGGAACAGCUCCCCCCCACACAGGGCUGCUUCCUCCACCUGCUGUCAGACCUCAGGCCCAGGAGGACUAUUCCAGGUGGGAAGGGAGGGGGAAGUCACAGAGAGGUCUCAUUCUCUCCAUGCAAAUUUUGUGACAGGCCCAGGGGGCAGACUUAGCUGGCUCCAGUUACCUCUGCCUUGGGCCCUGCCAUUCCUCCGCCUUCUCCUCUGCCAGGUUCCUGAGGGUACUCUCCAGCCUCCAGGGGAAGACAAGCACUAGGGCCCCCCGGGAGGUCAAGCAAGGGCAAGACUGGAACCUAAGCAGCCCUUGGGGGUGGAGAGAGGAAACAGAGACCCCAGUGGGGCUGAGUGUUUUUCCAUAUUACCAGCAGACCUGAGGGUCUGUUUGCCAAGCAAAUCAGUCACUACCUGACAUCCAACAGCCUGCUUGGUUAUUCAAAUCACAGCAGCCGUCUGAGGAAGCAGAGGAGGGGGUGACUGAUUGCUUGCUCCAGAGGGUGGAGAGACAGCAGGGUCCAAUUUGGUAAGGUCAAAGUGAGGAUCCAGCCUGUGCAUCUUCAGGCGGGAAACUCUACCUCUCUGAUCCGCAGAUGCCCAGAGCUGACGUUCAGCCGGAAGCACUGUUCAAGUGUAUGGGGUAUCACAAUACUGGUUUGUUACUAGUGCAGCUCCUAGUAACUCCCUCACUCUCCUACGGUCCAGGAACUAUAAGGGGUCACCUGACACAGCCAGGGGCUCCCAGGACCCUUACCCCAGCACUCUGGCCAGGCUCUGUUCUAGAUUGGUCAUUGGCUUCUUAGCCAGGGGUUAAGGAUUUUGAAUAUUCCCCAUGCAGUUACUUUCACUUAUUCACCCAACGAUUUUCUGAUCUCCAACUAUAGGCCUGGCCUAGCUCAGCACUGAAAAUGACAUAAAGGUCCAUGGGGGAGACACACCAGUGACAGUCCAGAAUGACCAAGGCUGUGAUGGGGGAAGCACAGGCAGAGUGACCCAAGCUUCAAUGGGGAAAAACCAGGGGGCUCAGGGGACCCAGAAGAGGCUCCUGAUCCAGUCUAAGUGUUCAGGGAUGACUUCCUAGGUGUGAGCCUUGAAGGAAGAAGAGGUUUCUGGUAAACAGGGAGGGUUUUCCAGGCAGAGGAACAGUCUAUAAAAGGCUUGAUGGUGCAAGAAGCAAUACUUAUUCAUUUCUUCACAUUCCCUGAGAGUCAGUCCAGCUAAAUUCAUUUGCGGAAGCAACAGAGGAAGCGCUGGAAGCCUGCUGGCCCAGAGCUUUGCCACUUUCUCUCUGCAGGACCUGGGGCAAGUCACAUCUUGUCUUGCUGAGCCUGUUUCUUCAUCUGGAAAUGGGACUGAGUCUUCCUAGUUUGUGUUGAAAAUCCAUGUAGAUCACCCAGGGAGAGGAUCUGGCAUGAAGCAGACGUAUAAAUGCGGGUUGUUCAAAAGUCUUGAAGGGUGGGGUGGCUAGGCAAGCAUCUGAGUUUCAAUCAGCCCACGUAAAAUGGGAUUUUU